GCGGGUUGUUAUUGCCUCUUAUCAGUAAACAUCUUUCAUUCCUCAAGUUAUUAUUAUAUUGUAAUAAGAAAGAUCUUUUUGACAUUUGUCUCUUUGAGGCAAUUUAAAUCAAUUGAGGCCAGGUUUAUAAAUUUAUGGGACAUUCAUCCACAUAUAGUUUUUCCUUAAAUAUUUAUAAUUUGUUUUUAAGGCAAAAAUUUAAUGUUUUGCACCCAAUUGUCUAUUUGAAACCACUGCUAAGAAAUUUCUGCCAUAAUUUACAUAUUGAUAUGAAUGGAAGAAAGGAAAAGGAAUGGAAAAUUUUUAGUGAACAAGAUGACUAUGAACUCAAGUUUAAGAGUUAUGGAAUUUUGAUUUUGAAUAGGCCAAUUACAGUUUCACCAGAAAAAGUUAUUAAAUUGUGGAAUGAAGCUUGUUGGCGCAUUACGAUUGAUGGAGGGACUGAUAAAUGGUUUGAUUUUGUUAAACAACAUUCAUUGUCUCCUUCAUUACCCAAUUAUGUGACUGGAGAUUUUGAUUCAAUAAAACAUGAAACACUCGAAUUUUGUAAACAACAAGAUGAAAUAACUGUUAUAAAUACUCCUGAUCAAGAUUUUACUGAUUUUGAUAAAGCUUUAGAUGUUUUAAUGAAAACAUGUCCACAUAAACUGGAUUGUUUUGUUGCUGUAUUGGAACAUUCGGGUAGGCUAGACCAGACGUUCUCAAACAUUAAUACACUGGCUCGUGCUUCUAUUGAUGGUUUUAUGAUAUCUGAGUCAGCAAUUACUUGGUUAUUGUGUCCAGGUUAUCAUAGAAUCUAUAUUCCUCAUUAUUUAAGGAAUAGAAAAGCGUAUUGUGGUAUUCUCCCAUUUGCUCCUGAAGCAAAAGUGACCACAAAGGGACUUAAAUGGAACUUAAGUGAGUAAUUGAAUAUAACAUAACUUAAAUAUAUCAUAUUUUGUUAGUAUGACCCCGCAAGAGCUAGCAGAUGUGCUCUACCAGUGGGGAUUAACAAUCCCCCGGUCUCCUGAGUUCAGCACACAGCACACUUUCACACAGCAGAACAGUACACUAUACAUAUACACUGACAAUAAGGACACUAACAGUACACACCUCAGGUUCACCUCUCUUGAGAAGACUCACUGCCAGGAGUAUAACCGGCAACUAGUUGUCCCGAGGUAACUGGGCCUCCUUUGCAGGGCCAAUCACCCGUAGAGGAGUAAUAGUGUAAUAGUGAUUCAAAGCAAUUCUGUGACCAGCCUCAUAUAUUUACAGAAACAACCUGGCAUGUUAAAGGAAAUCAGAUUCGGUACAUGGAAUAUACGGUCCUUCAAUGGCUAGGAGAUUAAGAUGGAGACCUACAAAAUUGAUAUCCUUGGAGUAAGUGAAAUUAGAAAGAAAGGGUCAGGAGAAAUGCAGCUGGACAAGGGAUAUACCCUGCUAUAUUCAAGAGUACCACCAGGUAACCGAGCAAAGGAGGGAGUUGGAUUAAUUUUUUAGGAUGACAUUUUUCAGAAAGUUCAGGAUUGGGAAAGGGUAAACUCCAGAAUAAUAUCUACCAAUCUAAUUUUCUCAGUUUGAAGAGUAACACUAGUCCAAGUCUAAGCACCAACUGAGGACUCUAUUGUGAACGAAGUAGAACAAUUCUACAGUGACCUAGCACGCAUAAUUGAAAAAAAAAAAAGUUGAAGUAGAAAUGUUACUAUUAUGGGAGAUCUCAAUGCAAGGACUGGAUUUGACCACAGAAGAGCCCAUGGAUGUAUGGGCCCACAUGGAGGUGAAAGAAUGUUGAACAACAAAGAAAGGCGACUAAUGGAAUUUUGCAUAGACAAUGAUCUUGUCAUAGGCAAUUCCUUUUAUCUGCAUAAAGUGGUUCAUAAGAUAACCUUUUCAGCAAAGGAGGGAAACGUUAACAGUGUGAUUGACUGCUUUCUGUAUACCAAAGAAAUCAGAAGAUUCUUCACAGACAUCAAAGUCAUCCGAGUUGUCUGUAAUGAAGAGGUGAUGGAGGUGGGGACAGACUUUACCUAUCUAGGUUCGGUAAUCAAUAGGUCGGGAAAAGUAGAUUCAGAAGUCUCAAGCAGGAUAUCAAAAGCAAAUUCCAUCUACUAUACAAUAUACAAUACCGUAAUCAGGAAAAAGGAAAUGAGGCAGGAUGUGAAGCUCCAUCUAUUCAAGUUUGUCUUUCUACCGGUACUUCUUUAUGGAGCAGAGAGUUGGAUCCUGAAUGAAAGGCUACAAAGCCGUGUUACUGCCACUGAGAUGAAGUUUCUUAGAAGAAUUGUGGGGAAAACGCAGAGAGACUGUAUACAAAAUGACAGAAUCAGGGAGGAGCUAAAGAUACGCCCCGUGCUAGAAACUCUGGAGAGGAGACAACUGAAGUGGCACGGGCAUGUCUGCCGGAUGGACCACCACAGAGACCCAGUUAAAACCCUAGAGGUGAAGCCGAUGGGGAGAAGACCAAGAGGGUGACCAAGAACCUCAUAUGUUAAUCAUUUGGAACGAAUUGAAAGAUGAAGAGAGAAGACCCUGGAAGAGAUGAUGAACCUUGCCGGGAACAGGGAUGCAUGGAACCGAUGGCUGGCAGCACCUCCACGCUGAGAGGCAAAUGAGUGGAAGAAGAAGAAGAAGUUAGUAUGAUAUUUAUUCAAAAAAAGAUUAACAAAAUAUCUUUUUAAUAUAACUAUGAUCUUCAUUUCCCAUGUUUUUUAUGAUAUUUAGAGAAAUAAUAGCAAUCUAUUAUGCUGGG